AAACCUACUUUAAACAUUCUAUAACUGAGAUGACAUUAAGUAAUUUAUCGCUUGAUAGGAUAGUUAUCUGGUUUAGGCUUGAUCCUUAUUUCAGUUGUUAAUAGUAACAGAUACGUUUAUUACCUAUAAUGUAUAAAGUAUUGAUUUUUUGUUUCACUGUGAAAUGUGUUCUAAGUGCAAAUAUUUUAUUUGUUUCACCUAUACCUUCACCUAGCCAUCAUAUAUGGAAUCGAGCUUUAGCACUUGGACUAGUCAACAAAGGCUACAAUGUGACUUUAAUUGGACCUGACAAAGAUAAAGUACAACCGAAGAAUUAUUCUCAUAUUUAUAUUGAAGGUCUUUACGAAGAACUAUACGAAAGUUUCGAUAUAAAUGAAAUGUCAACGUAUAACCCAGCGAAGAUGAUGUCUGAAUUCGAGGAAUGGUGCAUUUUUGCUUGUGAAAAAUCUUUACAUUCACAAGGAUUAAAAAAACUACUAAGUUAUCCUCAAGACUUUUUUGAACUUAUUAUAUUCGAUGUUACGAGUGGUCCUUGCUUGUAUCCGUUAAUGCAAAAAUUCAACUACCCUCCAAGUAUUGCUGUCACAGCGUUUCUUUUACCAACAUUCGUAUCACAUAAUUUUGGUAAUCAACUAUAUCCUUCAUAUAUUCCUUGGUAUGGGCUUCAAUAUACAACUCACAUGACAUUUACGGAAAGAGUUUGGAACUUUUUAUUUACUUAUGCCGAUAUAAUUAGGAGAAAAUUGAGUUUGUAUAGAAAAGAACACAAUAUAGCAAAGGAAAUUUUUGGAGAAAACAUACCGUCAAUGGAAGAAUUUGAACGUCGCAUAUCUUUAGUUUUAGCUAACACUGAUCCGAUUUUAAAUCAUCCUCAACCAGUUGCUCCAAACAUUAUCCCAGUUGGUGGUCUUCAUACAAGAAAGUCUAAAGAUUUACCUCAAGACAUUCAAACAAUAUUAGAUAAUGCCAAACAUGGGGUUAUAGUUUUUUCACUUGGAACAAAUGUACGUUCAGAUAAAUUAAAUAAACCUACGCAAAAAGCAUUGUUGGAUGCGUUUAGUAAAAUUCAAGAGACUGUGAUCUGGAAAUUUGAAAGUGAAAUUGAAAAUUUACCCAAAAAUGUAAUUGUUAGGAAAUGGUUACCACAGAAUGAUAUUUUAGGACACCCCAACGUAAAAUUAUUCAUUGGGCAUGGAGGUGCUUUAAGCACACAAGAGGCAAUUUACCACGGUGUCCCUAUGAUUUGUAUUCCUUUUAUUGUUGAUCAACAUAUUAAUACGAAGUUAAUUGUUAAUAAAAAGUUGGGAAUUUAUCUUGAUUUUAAGAAAAUAACCAGUGGUUAUGUUCUUCAAUUAAUUAGGGAAAUUUUAGAUAAGCCUAUAUAUAUCGAAAAUAUGAAGAAGGCUUCAAACACUUUUCAAGACAGGUUAGAGACUCCAUUAGAAAGAGGCAUAUUUUGGGUUGAAUAUGUUUUAAGGCAUGGAGGUGCCGAUUUCUUAGCAACUCCAGCUAGAGAUUUUUCGUAUUUUAAAGCAUCCAGUCUUGAUGUUAUUACGUUUCUUUUUACUACUGCUUUUGUCGUUGUAAUUAUCUUUUAUAAAAUGUUGGCUUUAAUAAUUAAAAUAUGUAGUAGUAAGAAAAAAGUUAAAGUAAAUUAGGCAAAAUAAAUAAUAACAAGAAUUGUAUAUAUUUGUAUUAUGUACAAAAAAAAUGUAAU